AGCAAUCUGGCUUCACAAGAUCUGAUGUACCAAGAGCUAUCUGACAGUUUUAUUCAGAGCAUUCCUGCUUCAGUGCCGACCACCGACUGUAAGAAAAGCCAUUUUAGAGCUUCAUUUACAUUGUUUGCAAGUGCCAGAAAGCUCAGCUUGUCGCAGCUUCAUACAGACAGCUUGCCCGACUGCAGAGUUUGCAGAGAGAAGCCCAUCGAGAAAAGGAGCAGCGCGAAACAGGCCAGAGCAAUGAAAACCCGACUGGGCUGCUUAUCACAGAAAUCUGACUCCUACAGUGAUUUCAGUUCUUUCCUGCCCAAUAAGCACGAGAAGCCGAUGAGGUGCAUGAAGCUAUCCACAGAAGAAGCUGUGCAAUGGACUGAAUCGUUCAGUCUCCUUCUGGCUAAUAAGUAUGGUCUAUCUGCCUUCAGAGCAUUUCUCCGUUCCGAAUACAGCGAGGAGAACAUUGAGUUCUGGCUGGCCUGUGAGGACUACAAAAAAACUAAGUCUCCUGCAAAACUCACUUCGAAAGCUAAGAAGAUCUAUUCCGAGUUUAUAGAUGUUCAAGCUCCAAAAGAAGUAAACCUUGAUUUUCAAACGCGGGAGCUGACCAAGAAGAACCUUCUGGAACCAGCCCAAAGCUGCUUUAAUGACGCACAGAAAAGAAUCUACAGCCUGAUGGAAAGGGACUCUUACCCCAGGUUCCUGAGGUCAAAGGUUUACUUGGAUGUGCUAAACCAGACACAGAGCAACAGCCAGACACAACGGCGGUUCAGCUGAGGAAGACUACACAGAACAAAGAGUACAGAGAGAGAGAGAGUUUUCUCAUAUUCCAUUCUCUGUGCCAUCCCGCUCAUGAAUUUUACUCUGCUGUUGUAUAUUAUUGUUGCAGUGAAGAUGGGAUAGAUGGAAAACUUUUCCUCGUGGUGUUCCCUUAUUCUUGAUUUUCAACCAUUACAUGGAAUGCAGCUUCUCUUGACAGCAGGUCUUUACCCAAAUGGAUUGAUCCCAGUGCCAGUCACCUAUACCCCAACUUAUCUUUGCCAUCACGUUAUUUGAUGACAGUUCAAAUAAUGCUUCUGUUUCUUUUAAUUAUCUGAGGCUUGUUGAAACAGCUUUACUGACCCUUACAUCAUUGAGGUGUAAAGGCGGUG